AUGACAGUCAACCAAUGCUGUGAUGAUGAAGCAGGAUUCUCAUCAGUAGUCUGGAUAAUAUUGCCUCUCUUGUCUAUCUACUCCCACUUGCUGUUUUUCCUCCUUCUCUCCUGUUCCCCUUUUCCUCCUUCUCCCCUGUUCCCCUUUUCCUCCUCCUCCCCUGUUCCCCUUUUCCUCCUUCUCCCUCUUUUCCUCUUUUUCCCCCCUGUUCCUCUUUUUCCCCCCUGUUCCUCUUUUUCUCUUUUUCCCUGUUCCUCUUUUUCCCCUUUUCUCUCUCUCCUCCCCAGAUUUGUUCAGUAUGAUACAAGGACAAAUAUUGCAAACUCAUCUCCUCCACAUUCCCCCACCCCACCAAGUUAUUAUCUUUUGCUUCCAUUAUUUCUCUCUCUCUCUCCCUCUCUCUCUCCCUCCCUCUCUCCCUCUAUCCCUCUCUCUCUCUCUCUCUCUCUCUCCCUCUCUCCCUCUCUCUCUCUCUCUCUCCUUCUCUCUCUCUCUCUCUCCCUCUCUCUCUCUCUCUCUCCCUCUGGACUGAAUUCUUCACUGGGAUCUAUCUAUCUAUCUCAGUCUAUUCGCAUGAAAGUUUAUUUCACUAUCUAUCUAUCUAUCUAUCUAUCUAUCUCAGUCUAUUCGCAUGAAAGUUUUUUUCACUAUCUAUCUAUCUCAGUCUAUUCGCAUGAAAGUUUUUUUCACUAUCUAUCUAUCUGUCUCGAAGUGCUAUCUGUCUCUGUGUGUGUAUCUUUCUCUCUCUCUCUAUUUCUCUCUCUCUCUCUAUUUUUCUCUGUUGCUUGCUCUCUCGCUCUCUCUCGCUAUCUCUCGCUCUCUCUCGCUGUCUCUCGCUCUCUCUCGCUCUCUCUCUCUCUCUCUCUCUGUCUGUCUCUCUCUCUCUGUCUCGCUGUCUGUUUCUCUCUGUAUCUCUCUCUCUCGCUGUCUGUCUCUCUCUCUCUCUGUCUCGCUGUCUGUUUCUCUCUCUGUCUCUGUCUCUCUCUGUCUCUCUCUCUCUCUCUCUCUCUCUCUCUCUCUCUCUAUCUCUGUCUGUCUCUCUCUCUAUCUCUGUCUCUCUCUCUCUCUCUCUCUCUCUCUCUCUCUAUCUCUCAGAAGAAGUGCAGGGAAAACAGCGCUAAAGGCGCGGGAGGCAGGAUGAGUGACGGCAAUUCAAGUUUUUUGCGGGCAGCAAGAGAUGGGAACUUGUCGGAAGUUUUGGAAUACCUGAAGGGCAGUACCGACAUUAAUACCAGCAAUUCAAAUGGCCUCAAUGCUCUACAUCUCGCUUCCAAGGAAGGACACAUCAACAUUGUCACAGAACUGCUCAGAAGAGGAGCAAAUGUUGAAGCAGCUACUAAGAAAGGAAAUACAGCACUUCACAUUGCAUCCCUUGCAGGACAUGAGGAAAUUGUCAAAAUCCUUGUGCAGAAUGGAGCCAAAGUCAAUGUUCAAUCCAUGACUGGGUUUACUCCAUUGUACAUGGCAGCCCAAGAGGGCCAUUCUGAAGUGGUAAAGUUUCUUCUGGAUAAUGGGGCUAGCCAGAGUCUUGCCACUGUGGAUGGUUUCACUCCCCUUGCUGUAGCAUUGCAGCAAGGACAUGACAAAGUUGUGGCGGUUUUGCUGGAGCAUGACACCAAAGGCAAAGUACGUCUCCCUGCUUUACAUAUAGCUGCCAAAAAAGAUGACAUUGGUUCUGCAAACCUCUUACUUCAAAAUGAUCACAACGCUGAUAGUACCACCAAGAGUGGUUUUACUCCAUUACAUAUUGCUGCUCAUUACGGCAAUGUUAAUGUUGGAACUCUUCUCAUCCAAAGAGGUGCAGAUGUCAACUACAAAGCUAAGAACAACAUCACUCCCCUGCACGUGGCAUCUCGCUGGGGCAAGUCAAAUAUGGUUACCCUACUUUUAGAUCAUGAAGCAGUCAUUGAAGAAAGAACUCGGGAUGGAUUGACACCAUUACAUUGUGCAGCUAGAAGUGGUCACGAAAAUGUCGUCGACCUGCUCUUGGAACGAGGAGCACCCUUCUCAGCAAAAACUAAAAAUGGGUUGACUCCUUUGCAUAUGGCUGCACAAGGCGACCAUGUUGAUUGUGCUCGAUUGCUACUUUAUCACAAAGCACCAGUUGAUGAUGUCACCGUUGACUACUUAACUCCUCUACAUGUGGCAGCCCAUUGUGGCAACGUAAAAACAGCUAAAUUACUUCUGGACAGAAAAAGUGAUCCGAAUGCAAGAGCCUUGAAUGGUUUUACCCCGUUGCACAUUGCAUGCAAGAAGAAUCGCAUCAAGGUGGUGGAACUGCUACUCAAGUACGGCGCUUCCAUUGAAGCAACGACUGAGUCUGGUCUUACCCCUCUGCAUGUUGCAUCCUUUAUGGGUCAUAUGAACAUCAGUAUCUACCUGAUACAACACAAUGCCAACCCAGACUACCCUACAGUUCGAGGAGAAACAGCAUUACACCUAGCUGCCCGGGCCAACCAAACUGACAUUAUUCGGAUCCUUCUCAGAAAUGGAGCCACAGUAGAUGCAAAAGCAAGAGAACAACAAACUCCAUUGCAUAUCGCUGCCCGACUUGGUAACGUAGACAAUGUGGUUCUACUUUUGCAACAUGGCGCUAGUCCAAAUGCUACCACUAAGGACCUGUAUACUCCACUACAUAUUGCUGCCAAAGAGGGACAUGAAGAAGUUGCUGCUGCACUAUUAGAUCAAGGUGCUGACCAUAGCCUUACAACUAAGAAGGGUUUCACCCCACUGCACAUCGCAGCAAAGUAUGGAAACAUCAAAGUUGCUCGCUUGUUGCUGUUGAAGGAUGCUGACCCAGACGUUCAAGGCAAAAAUGGUCUGACCCCUCUCCAUGUUGCCACUCACUACAACCAUGUCAAUGUUGCUUUACUUCUACUUGAUAACAAAGCUUCACCACACGCAGUCGCAAAGAAUGGCUACACACCACUUCACAUUGCUGCAAAGAAAAAUCAGAUGGACAUUGCAACUACACUUCUGGAAUUUGGUGCAAAACCAAAUGCAGAAUCCAAGAAUGGAUUCACACCUCUUCACUUGGCCUCACAAGAAGGUCAUACUGAUAUGGUCUCAUUACUUUUGGAACAUAAUGCAAAUGUCAAUGCUCAAGCUUCAAAUGGAUUGGCUCCAAUUCACCUUGCUGCCCAAGAAGACAAAGUCAAUGUGGCAGAAGUUUUGGUUAAAUUUGGUUCUGAAAUUGACCCUCAAACAAAGGCUGGCUACACUCCACUCCACACAGCCUGCCAUUUUGGUCAAACCAAUAUGGUUCGAUUCCUAUUGGACCAUAAUGCAUCAGUCAGCUCAACUACAAAGUUGGGAUAUACACCUUUACACCAAGCUGCUCAGCAAGGCCAUGUCAUGGUCAUAAACUUGCUGUUGAAGAACAAAGCUUCUCCCAACGCAGUUACCAAUAACGGCCAAACAGCUCUGUCCAUUGCUCAACGCCUGGGCUACAUUUCGGUGGUUGAUACCCUAAAAACUAUAACAGAGGUGACGGAGACUUUGCCAACCAGUGAAGACAAAUACAAAGUGGUAGCACCUGAAACAAUGCAAGAAACGAUGCUCUCAGAUUCGGAAGAUGAAGGUGAAGACAGCAUCUCCAUUGAGAAGGGUGAUAUUACAUCUCCACUCGAUCUAUCUUUUGACAAGGACUUACAUAAAGUCCGGAAUGCUUCUGAAGACACCAGAGGCCGCAUCAUAAGUGACAUUGGUGCUGGCAUGGAAUACCCUACCUACUUGGAGAAGGGCCCUGAUUAUGAGGCUGAAAUGAUGUACUAUAGUGGAGAUGUUUUGUCACCCCAGGAAAAGGACCACCAUGGUCAUGACAGUGUUUUCGCUGGUGGAUUUUCAACUCUUGACGGACUAUCCACAUCAUUUGACAGAGACCGGAUAUCUACCCUUGAUUCCACUUUCGAUAAAGAUUCUAUUCAUCAAGUUGAGCCAGUUGAACAAAUUUUCGUGCAAAAUAUUGGCUCAUCAUUAGCGCCCAGGGAAACGGGCAGUCAAAUGGAUGAUGACCUGAACUAUGUUGAUGACACACAGGCUUCAUCCUCAAAGAAAGGAGAUUUGUUUGGUGAAGACAUUUAUGCCAGAGGGUCAUUUCGCUAUGGCCGAGGAAGCAUGCCAUCAUAUCGUGAACCAUUGGUCAAUUCAGAAGUGGCUAUGCCAGUGGAGUCAGUUGUGUACCAGGGAGAAUUAACUGGUAGUAUAGCCACUGACACUGGGAGCGAUUACAAAUUUCCACCAGAUGAUUCCAUACCAAUUUCAACGAAGCAACAAGAUUAUCUGGACCAUCAAGUAAUGAGUCAUACAUUUGCCAGUCAUCCUGAAAAUAGAUACUUGAACAACACUAUGGACAAUUCCCGCUACAGCUCUUACAGUGGUUCUUCAUUUAACACCAGUUUUGAUCCUGACAAUGUGGCUGUUGAUCGCACCCCAACUUAUUCUGGUUUCCUGGUCAGUUUUAUGGUAGAUGCCAGGGGUGGAGCAAUGCGAGGUAGUCGUCAUUCAGGUGUACGAAUCAUCAUCCCUCCUCGCAAAGCUUACAUGCCCACAAGAGUGACUUGCAAAUUAAUUAAACGAGAGAAAUUAAGCCAUCCACCUCCUCUUAAUGAAGGUGAGGCUUUGGCAAGUCGCAUCCUGGAAAUGGGACCAGUUGGAGUCAAGUUCCUUGGCCCCGUCAUUAUUGAAGUGCCACAUUUUGCAUCCCUCCGUGGCAAAGAACGUGAGAUUGUCAUCAUUCGCUGUGAUGAUGGAGAAAAAUGGACGGAACAUCCCAUGCAAGCUACAGAAGAAGCUGUCAACGAGACACUCAAUGGAAGUUUUGAAGGUCAAAAUGCAUCAGUGUCAAGUCUGUGGAAGCUGGACCAAGAAGAGGAACUCACUGCUAAGAGAAUCACUCGUAUUCUGACAACAGAUUUUCCAAUGUACUUUGCUAUUGUAACACGUAUACGCCAAGAAAAUCAAACAAUUGGUUCUGAAGGUGGAAUGCUCAGUUCUACUGUUGUUCCACAAGUUCAGACAAUUUUCCCCGAAGGAGCCCUCACUAAGAAAAUACCAGUUGGCCUUCAGGCUCAACCGAUUGCUCCAGAGUUAGUGGCCAAGAUGCUUGGUAAUCGUGUGGCUGUCAGUCCUAUAGUUACUGUGGAACCACGUCGACGUAAAUUCCACAAGCCAAUUACUUUAACCAUACCAGUUCCGAGGGCUGCCCAAAAGGGAAUGAUUAAUCAGUAUGGUGGAGAUGCACCUACACUGCGGCUGUUAUGCAGUAUUUCUGGAGGAACGACACCAGCUGUUUGGGAAGAUAUAACAGCAAGCACCCAACUUACUUUUGUCAAUGACUGUGUUUCAUUCACAACUACUGUUUCAGCCAGAUUCUGGCUGAUGGAUUGUCAAAAUGUGAACGAAGCAAGCAGAAUGGCUACUGAAUUAUAUCAAGAGGCAGUUGUUGUACCAUUCAUGGCUAAGUUUGUCAUCUUUGCAAAGCGUCACGCUCAAGAAGAGGGCAAGCUUCGAAUGUUCUGUAUGACUGAUGAUAAAGUGGACAAAACUUUAGAAAAGCAAGAAAAGUUUAUUGAAGUUGCUCGAAGCCGUGAUGUUGAGGUCUUACAAGGCCGACCACAGUAUGUGGAAAUGGCUGGCAACCUGAUCCCUGUUACCAAAUCUGGUGAUCAACUAUAUGUACAUUUCCGAGCAUUCCGAGAAAACCGCCUUCCAUGUACCGUGAAGGUGCGUGACUUGGACCAAGAACCAGCUGCUCGUGUUGCUUUCAUGAAAGAACCGAAGGUGGCCAGAGGAGAAGCUCCUCAGUCCCCAAUUUGCAACCUCAACAUUGUAUUACCUGAUGUAUCAAAGUCCGAUUCCAUGGAAAUGACUUCAGAAGAAGCCCUUGAAGUUCGAAAGCGGCAUAGUCUUCUUAGGGAACAUGGAAUUGUUCUCCAAGAUACCAUCAGCCGAGCCCAAAUGAAGAUUACUGAUGUUGCAGACACACUGCAAGGUGACUGGGUGAUGUUGGCACAACAAUUAGACAUUACCAUGUCAGAAAUUAAUAAAAUCAAAACCGAAUACAACACAGUAAACGAUCAGGCUUUGGCAAUGCUACAUCUUUGGGUGGAGAAGAACGGUGACAAAGCAUCAGGUAAUGCACUUGAAAAGGCCUUAAUAAGAAUAAGCCGUGAAGAUGUUGCUAAGAAAUGCAUGUAUGAUGUUGUGACCUUUGAGGAUGAGAUGGAAAUGGCAGCUGGCAGAGUUGCAAUGGAUCAAUCUGGCUUUGAUACCUUCAAGGAAGAAGUUGGUAUUUCUCGAGACUCUUCAAUGAAACGAGGCCUCUCACUGGAUGUUUCUUAUGAUGAACAAGACAUGAUCAAGAUGAAGAGAUCACCAGAAUCUAUGUGUUUAGCCCCUAGUAAAAUACCGGAAUCUGAAUCUGCAGAAGAAUCAGGCAGCGAUGCUGACACAGAAAAACACCGAUUAGCCAAAGUGCCUUCAGAGCCAACAUCAAGUCAUGAAGAAGAGACAGUGACAAAAAUCGUUGAUUCAAGACGUCCUGAGACAGUAUCCCCUAAAGAUACUGCUCAACAAAAGGAGAUGACUGAUCGCAAGAAAGAGGCUUUUGUCGCACUAGCUGAACAACUGGAUAGCUUGGCUGAUCAAGAGGAGAAGCUGAAACCAGUCGAAACUUUACAAGAAGAUGAAAAGAAAACAGUGAAUGAAGGCUUGAUAAUAUCUAAGGAGAAAGGGACCACCUCGGUCAGCUCAGCUAUCAAAGAAACAGUCAGCUCAGAGCCAAUCAGUAAGGAAGUGGUUGAAAAAGAAAUUAUUGAUAAAGAACAAAUAUCGCAGGUGAUGAUGGCUCCUUGUGUGGAUAUCUCGGGCUCUAGAGCUUCCAGUUCCAGCUCCAUUUCAGAGCCAGAACAGAAAGAAAUUUCACCCAGAAUUAAGACUCCUCCACCUUCACCAACUGAAGUGGUUCCACCAGAUGUAGCAGUUUAUUUUUCUUUCUCCUGUUGUCUGUCUCUCACUCUCUUUUUCUUUCUCUCUAUUUUUCUCUCUUUCCCUCUAUUUUUUUCUCUCUUUCCCUCUAUUUUUUUCUCUCUUUCCCUCUAUUUUUUUCUCUCUUUCCCUCUAUUUUUUUCUCUCUUUCCCUCUAUUUUUCUCUCUUUCCCUCUCUUUCUUUUUCCCUCUCUUUUUCUCUUUUUCCCUUUUUUUCUCUUUUUCCUCUAUUUUUUUCUCUCUUUUUCCUUUCCCUCUAUUUUUCUCUUUUCCUCUCUUUUCUUUUUCUCUCUUUUUCUCUCUUUCCCUCUCCUUCCCUACCUCCUUCCGCUGUUCUCUCCUUCCCUACCUCCCUCCGCCUUUCUCUCCUUCCCUUUCUCCUCUCAUAUAUUUAUAAAGUAA